AUGGAGCUGCAGGCCCUGGAAGCGCUCUUCGUGCAAAACCAGUACCCCGACGUGGGCACCCGGGAGCGCCUGGCCGGCCGCAUCCGCCUGCGCGAGGAGCGCGUGGAGGUCUGGUUCAAGAACCGCCGGGCCAAGUGGCGACACCAGAAGCGCGCGUCGGCGUCCUCCAGGCUCCUGCCCGGAGCCAAGAAGCUUCCCAAAGACAGCUGCUGA